AUGGAUGCGGAAAAGCCAUCAACAAGCGUUGCUUCUGCCGCAGCGCAGGAUCAAAACGUACUUCUGGACUCCCCCCAACACGGACCCACUUUGUCGAGUGCUUCUAGUUUCGAGGCUUUGACUCGACACGAUCCAAAUCUCAGUCGCCUGGCCACAAAAAUGUUUCAGAAAACGGAGGACUAUAUUACCCAUGAACUGAACGCUCCUCUAGAAGAUUACAAGCUGUUGGAGGAGAUGAACAAGGCAACAAUAGCCAAGUACAAGGACAUGCGACAAAUUGCUGAGAAUCUAAACGUCUCCACGAGCGAACUGAGCCUCAAAUUCCAGCAGUUAGCUCCACUAAUGCAACAGAUCGACGAGAUAUCCGACACGGUGGACAAACUGGAGGCAGCGGCCUACAAACUGGAUGCCUAUAGCAUAGCUCUGGAAAAUCGGGUCAAGUGCGUGCUUCAAAGGAAGUCCGGUGGCCAAGCUGCCCAGUAAACUUUAAGACUAGUUGCUUAAAAAGGCUUUAUGGUACAUUUAUUUCACUAGAUUAUCGAUUAACCAAGUAAUAACUUAAAUAUAAUCGCAAUUAUGUUAAGGAAUAUCAGGGGAACUGCAAUAUAAAAGAUUUUUAAUACAUGAUUCCUUCUAGAAUGUAAA